GGACAAGUCACUUUCCCACGCAGUUGACGCAGUUGAAUUCCGACCGAACAACCCGAGUCCGACACAGCACUAUUAUUACCGUACAUUCCGGAUCCUUCUUCAGCCUUGGCCCCAUUGCAGUUGCGGCCCAUUUAUUUACCGACCAUUCCGAUUGACGAUUGACGGGAAUUAUUUAUAUUCGACCAAGACGCCUUUCCAGAAGCACCUGCCGUUGAACAACCGGCCGACCCCGCAGAUUGUAUCACCAAUCAUUGCUUCAAGCCAAUCAAGCCAUCGCCAUGGAUUACGUUGAGCAGCGAGUAGCCCAAGAGGCCAAGAAGCUUGCAGAGCAACCGGCCACCGAAGCCAGCUUCAUCACCCCUCUCAACAUCAUCCUUCUCGCUGUGGUGGCCUACACGCUCUACGCCGUGUUCCGCCCCGCCCCGCCGCCCCCCAUGCCCCGAGAGGCACCCGCCACCGUCUUCCGGACCUUUACGCCCCCGACGCUGAUCCACUACAACGGCCAGGACGGCAAGCCCGUCUACCUGGCUGUGCGGGGCCGAGUCUUUGACGUUACGGCCGGUCGCAACUUUUACGGACCGGGAGGGCCUUAUGAAAACUUUGCAGGCAGGGACGCCAGCCGCGGCCUGGCGCACCACAGCUUCGACCAGGACAUGCUGACCCUCGACCUCAACGGCCCGCUCGACAAGCUGGACGACCUCGGCCCGGAUGAGUUGGCUGCCCUGAGGGAUUGGGAGGAGAGGUUCGAGAGCAAGUACCUUGUCGUUGGACGGCUUGUUGCCGUCGGUGAUGAAGAGAAGAAAUAAAAGAAAAUAGUUUUUUUUUUUGGGUAUACGUUGCGUUAGGAAAAUGACGCAUUCGUGUGGUUCUGAUGGUUCAUGGUCUAUCUUGCGUCUAUAUCUUAUCCUGAAUAUGUCUAUGUCUUGAGAUAUACAGAGGCUUGUUGUUGGUUCAACCGACGAAUGCGCUUUGCAUUCUCAGAUGCCGUAUCAACAUAUAAAUUAUUGUUCACAUCCUCAAAGUAUCCUUUGGACCAUCGGCAGACGGUGUAUAAACCGGCCGUUCAUCAUCCAGCCAGUUCCAGCCGA